CCUUUGCAAGCUUAAUAUGAAUACUAGAAACAUAUACAAGUGGUUAGUUCUACUAUCGGCAGUUUCAUUAGCCAGCUGCUUUUGGAGUAAUCGUGUUAUAGAAGACUUUAUAAAUAGUUUUUCAAACGUUGCAGAGGUAUUUUUCAACUACACUGCAAGCCCUUUCUGUGACUUAUAUUUUUACUCAACAUCCAGGACGAUGAAUGUGAUCAACCCGAUGCGUGUGAUGAGAUGCAAGUUAUGUUGCAUCUGGCUUGCAUUCGUGUGACAAGUCCCGAACGUAUAUUACUUUUAUUGACCUCGGACUCGUUGCCUAAGGCUUGCACUAAAACAUCCAGUGUGAUGCAACACAUAAACGAAACUCUAACAGAUUGUGUGCCACUACCAACAACGAAUUUGUAUAUGCGUUUAUAUCGGGCUUUAAUAUUCUUCUAUGGACAAAUGUGUGGCCCAGCUGAAACCAAGUCGAAACAUUUAGAAAAGUAUCGCAGCUGCAUAACGGAACUUCGCGACGAUCUAAUUGAUUGCGAGGGCCCUGCUGAUUGGUUUGAGAAACGCAGUAAAACGUAUGUUUGCAGACAAUUCACCGAAAUUAUUAAUUGUGAUUAUGUCAGAGCGGCAAUGCUUUGCGGUCUUAAGCCAGCGCGUUUGCUUCGAAGUUUUGCGGCCGAAGUUAUAAACAAAGCGCUAUUGUCCAAGUGCCCGGUGUCAUCUACGUUGCCACACGUGAAUAAUCCGAUGUCAGAUGGUGGCAGUAGAAGCUUCCCACACGUUUCUCCUGUUCAAGUUUAUAUAUUUUUACUAGCUUUUAUGUUACAAUGUUUAAUGCAAUAACAAAUAUUAUUACAGAAACAAAACCAAAAAUUUA